AUGCAUUUUGUGAUCAUCCAAUCCACUUCAGAUUAUUCUCUCUUUACUUUAAAGACUGCUACAGACUUCACAGCCCUCCUAGUAUAUGUGGAUGACAUCAUACUAGCUAGUACUUCUCUUAGUGAGUUUCAAAGGAUCAAGACUAUCCUUGACAGUCAUUUCAAAAUCAAAGACCUGGGUGUGUUAAAGUAUUUCUUAGGUCUGGAGGUGGCUCACUCUAAAUCAGGCAUUACCAUUUCGCAAAGAAAGUAUUGUUUGGAUCUUCUCAAUGACUCUGGCUUACUUGGUUCCAAGCCUGCAUCUACUCCUCUUGAUCCAUCUAUAAAAUUACAUCAAGACAAUGGCAAGCCAUUUGAGGAUGUAGCUGCAUACAGGAGGCUAAUUGGUAGAUUGUUGUAUCUCAAUACAACAAGGCCAGACAUUACCUUUGCUACUCAACAGUUAAGUCAGUUUCUCCAUGCUCCUACCAUGACCCAUUUCAAUGCAGCAUGUAGAGUAAUCAGGUACCUCAAGCAUAACCCUGGUAGAGGACUUCUUUUUCCUAGAGAUUCUGAAAUACAGCUCCUAGGCUACUCAGAUUCUGACUGGGCAGGAUGCAUAGAUUCUAGGAAAUCAAUUUCUGGCUAUUGUUUCUUUCUUGGAUCCUCUUUGAUUUCAUGGCGUGCCAAGAAACAGCAAACAAUCUCCAGAUCUUCAUCAGAAGCUGAGUACAGAGCUCUCUCCACAGCUACAUGUGAACUCCAAUGGUUACUUCAUCUGUUCAGAGACUUGGAAGUCACAUCUACAAGACAACCGGUUCUUUACUGUGACAGCCAGAGCGCAAUACACAUAGCUUCUAAUCCAGUAUUCCAUGAGAGAACUAAGCAUUUGGACAUUGACUGCCAUUUGGUUCGAGAGAAGGUGCAACAAGGAACUCUUAGACUUUUACAAAUUCCAUCACAAGAACAAUUGGCUGAUUUCUGA